UCAACUAAGGCACCCAUCACUGACUAGAAGACAACAAUGUUUCGUCACUCCCAUUUAGUUCCAAGGAUCCAGGAUCUACGUUCGACAGUCCGCGACAGCAUACGCAAUGCAAAGAAGCGUCAGGCGCAAUGCGCUUGAGAAGCUGGCGGCAUUAUCCACGAAACCGUCACCCCGAGGUUAUGUCGACCUCACGAAUCUCUGCAAACGAUGCCCUUCCGCGGAUACGAAAGUCAAUGGAAAUGCAAAUGCAAAUGGCAAUCUGAACGGCUCUGUGGGAACGGCCAGGGUUCCGAUGAAAACCGCGGAGCUCGAAGUUAUAAUUGCCUUAUGUAAAGCCGCACCGCUUGUGAAGUCUCUGGACUCAGCCGAGCAGCUGGCUCAUCAGCUUGGGCCAUACUUGUCAGAAUCAUCCUCCCAAACCAUCCCAAGCUCGCCAGCUCUGCGCGACAUUGAACCCUCACCGUGGGAGUCGCUCACCCUCCACCUCACAAGCGCGCUACUUUCGCUGGGAAUAAAUCAUGAAAGCCUCAGACCGCGGAUGGAGGAAUGUGUGCGCCUUUAUGUUGGUCAAUGGGCUCAGACUGCUAGUUCUCUCUCUGGCGGGCCACUCGAUCGAGAUGUUGCUUCCGAAGAUGCCUCAAGUACGGAGCUGGAAACUAUAAUGACACUAAACCUAUCUAUCUUAGGGUUCCUUGACGCGGCGGCCAAGUAUACAAGGUUUUGGUCUGCGCAGGAACGAUUACAGCUUGUUUCUGACAUCAGAAAAGCCCUUACAGAGAAAUUCAUGGUUGCAACUGAAGCAGCGCAGUCAGUUGUGCGGACUUCUCGAUCCCAACAAAAGCAUCUGCGAGAAUGGAAGAGGAUUUCGAAGCACUAUAUCGCCAAUGGCCGCCCGCUCGGGUCUAUGCUCCUGCAUCAAGGCUUUAUGAACUUGGUUGUUUCUUCGUCAGCAUUGGUCGUCUGCCCAACAGAUCCGGAAUUCUCAGUCCCGGUGCUUGACUAUCUGCAGCAGUAUCCUCAAGGUCAUCCGAGUGAGCUAGAUCCUGCCGAGAAUGCGCUUCUUGAAGACCUUGCCAGUAUUGCCAUCGAAGAGAUGGAGUUUGUGAACAGCGCUUCGGAUUAUCUACAGCAGGUCGGCUCUCCUUACCAACGGCAGAUCGCAUCCAAAGUAAAGGCAGACAUUUUCAAGACUUUCGUUUGCUGCAUGGUAUACAAUGAAGAAAUUUCAGACCCAGAUACGCUCCUUGCCUGGCUAGAGGCUACACUUUCUGAUCCAGUUCAGCUUGUUGAUCAUUCUUUGGCAGCAACGGCACUGAAAUGCUUACCCAUCAUCGCCCAGGCAUCUCCAGCGACUGCGGCCAAUCUAAGUCGAAUUCUGCCUCGCUUGAUUGUGCAAGGUGGGCUAGACCUGCCUACCGCAUACGUUGCCGCCGAUAGCCUAAGUAGAAUUCUCAAAAGACUUCCCGAGGAUGCAGUCAUAACAACUUUGUACAGCCUUGGGAAUGUCCUCAGUGGAACGUCUUUGCCAGAUCGCAAUGGUGCUGUUUCGCCACCGCAGAGCAGUCAACUUAAAGUGACCAAUACAGGCGAUAACACCGGCAGCACAAUCUCUCUGUUAGCACAGGAUACUGAGGAGCCAUCGCUCGUUUAUGCUAUCGUCAUUCAAACUGUCAUUGGAAUCGCCAAGAGCAGCAAUGACGAGAAAAUCAUCGCUUUGGCUCUAUCUAUGCUUGUGCAAAAGAUAGGCAAGGUGACACCUGCAGUAGAUGCUCGAAUUCUGAGCGAAAGCUCCGUGCUCGGAGCCUAUACCGGCGCCAACGAACUCAAGAGCAUCUUGAAGCUGUACUCGAAGAUCGCCCAUGACGCUCUCAUCAACAAUGAUGAUGUUAUUUUACACGCUGUCAUGAGUGCCCGCAUUAAAUUGGCUCGUGAGAUCACAAUCAAGUCUCCAUUGUUCGAAAUCCUCAUUCGAAGCUUCCUUGAUUCGAUAAUCAGUCAGGGUGACGCCCCUGGAAAGGAUACAAAGCACCAUGGCAACACAGAAUUCGCGGCUCAAGAGAUCGCUCAGCUCCUGGAGCCGCUCGCGACCCUGGUUGCUGUCAACGCGGACGGACAGGAUCACGAGCUCGAUGAAGAGAUUCUCACAUUGCAGCGUGACGCAUGGUUCAACGUGGCAGUCCAUGGUUUCCAUCCAACAAGCAAUCUUGUCAAAAAAUACGAGAAGGAACUUCGAACCUUGGCACAGUACAGUAAGCCACUCAUUUCAGAAGAGCGAGCAGACCAACUCGAAAGUGACAUCGAGUUGAAUACAAUUCUACGUCGGGGCAAGAGCUCAGAGCAUACCGAUGAGCAGAAGAAAAGCCUCAUCAGGCUGCUACCGCAGCAAGAGAGUGCCAUAAGAUCGCUCAGUUACUCCGAGGUUGUUUUCGUCAAUGCCGUCUAUCUGUUGGAAGAUCUUCGUGCUAGCUGUGGUAAUUGCACAGCCAUACUAACUUACUUUUUGGACCCGAAGCUCCGAAAGGAUCAAAUUGGUGAAUGUAUGGUCGCCUUAUCGAAGAGAGUGGUCAACACAUACCUUUCACAGACGUUGAAGGGAGAAUUCCACGCAUUCUCAACGCCAUACCUGGCCUAUCAACUUGCUCAGCUCUUUGCUGGGUGCUGCCAUCGUAUCGCCAAAGUUCGAUCAGUGGCUACUGCAUGUGCAGAUAUCAUCAUCAAUGCUGUACCAUCCACGCUUUGUCAGAAAAGUGCUCUGUUCGCACUUUUAGAAAUACUGUCCAUGAUGUGGAGUUCGUGUCUCGAGGCCGACACAGACGAAUACGAGUGGAGGUCGACUUUCUCCUCACCCUAUGGCGAUGUGAAAGUCGAACUCGGUGAUGAUUACUCGACCCGGAAUAGCACACUCGCUGAGUUCCGAAAGCACGCAAGGACUUGGGUUUUGAAAGUGAUUGACAUAGCGCCUCUCGAUAUCAAAGGACUGCUUCAGACGUAUCUUUCCGAAUAUGAUGACGAUGGUGCCUAUGGACACGUCUCUCUAGGACGCUCAUUCGCUUUAGAGAUGGGUUCUGUUGUUCCCACUACUGAUCAGCGACUGGGUGCUAUUGAAUCUCACGACCUUGACAUUAAUCAAGCUUCGGACUUCGUUGCCCAGUACACUACGAGGCAGGAGUACCGGUUUGUAGAUGGUUUGGUCGAUCAGUACGAAGAAGAGUGGCUGAGGGAAGACAAGAAAGGCUUCCAUCGUAUCGAUAAGCGUCCUACAGUGGAUCGCAGUAUCGAUGAUGCUACAAAACUCCUCAUUGAUCUCGAGGUGCGGACUACUAAGAAUCGGCAUGUUCCCAUUGCGGAGCUACGUGAUAUCCUGCGUAGAGCAGCAGCCCUACUGUGUCGAGUACAAACAGACCAAUGUGCGAUUGUACAGCAUCUUGUUGGUAUUCCUUUCGCUGUAUUCACGAAGCAGUCGAUCAAGCUUGGAAUCUCUCUGUGGACAAGUGUCAUCAAAGAGAAUCCCAGAAUGGAGUCACGUAUGCUCGCGACCAUUGCAGAAAACUGGGAAAGCACGAUUCGAAAGAAACGUGGCAUCUUCAACGAUAAGUUUACACAACCAGACCCUUUCUUCGUGAAGCAUGACUUCGCGCCAACUGAUAAGCCUGCCCUCUUGCGUCGGCAGCAACAGGCUACCAAUCUUAUUGCGCCACACUUCCGGCUUAUUCAAUUCCUUUCAAGCCACUUCGCUGCAAGUAGGCUAUGCAGUCCGUAUAUCGAGAGAAUAUAUACACGCUUGAUACGCGUCAGUGUAGACGCUGUUGGACAUGGACAGACAUCAAGCCAUCCCUUAGCGCGAGAAGUGCAUCUGCAUAUUGUCCUGCUUGCUCUAAGGAUUCUGCAGUACAACACUAGUGUGCAUGAUAAGCAGAGAUGGAGACUGAAGGAUAAGAUUCUGGGCGCUGCUCUGGCUUGGUUUGCAAGUCCUUUGAAAUGGUCCUACGGCGGUAAUCGCUUGCAGAUGAAAGCCGAAACCCACAUACUGGGAGAUAUCCAAGCAGAGCUGAAGAAGAGUCCUGCAGAUGUAGGCUUCAAAGUCACGACCUCCACUAGAUCAUUGGAAGAUAAACAGAGCCUCCUACUUCAGCUACUCUCGGCCGAGCAGACAAGACUAAUGGUGUGGCUGUUUCCGCUGAAUUACAAGGAAAGACAUCAUUUCACGGACGGUAAUCACCACAAGUUACCUAUAGAGGGUGAUCUUUCGAAAAUGGUGAAGGUUGCGUGGGCAGAAAAUCCGGCGCUUGCCGUUCACCUUGCAUCGCGAUUCCAAGUUCCAGGUAUACAUCAACAAGUCAGGUGGCAGAUUCUCAAUUUCCCAGAGAAAGUACUCGAGGAGCCCGAAGCACUUGAAAUACUGCUAGGCUCCUCACUGCCUAACGACGUGAUUUUCCAAUUGAAGUACCUGUUGUAUUGGAAGCCCAUAAAUCCAAUAACAGCAGUCACAUACUUCAUGCCGGCUUACGGCAACCAUGCCUUUAUAAUUCAGUAUGCCAUGAGGACGCUGGAAAGCCAUCCGGUCGACGUCACAUUCUUCUAUGUGCCACAAAUUGUGCAAACGCUUCGAUACGAUGCACUAGGCUAUGUCGAAAGAUACAUUGUCGAAGCUGGUCAAUUCUCUCAGCUCUUCGCGCAUCAGAUCAUCUGGAACAUGAAGGCCAACUCGUUCAAAGACGAAGAUUCUGAGAUCCCAGACCCUGUCAAACCCACUUUAGACAAAGUCAUGGAUCGACUCGUGUCCAGCUUCACCAAAGAGGAUCGAGGAUUUUACGAGCGCGAGUUCGCCUUCUUCAGCGAGGUCACGAGCAUCUCCGGCAAGCUUCGACCGUAUAUCAAGAGGUCCAAGCCUGAGAAGAAAGAAAAAAUCGAAGAAGAGCUCCGCAAAAUUCAAGUCGAUGUCGGCGUGUAUCUGCCGUGCAACCCAGAGGGUGUUGUGAUUGGUAUUGAUCGAAAGUCUGGUAAGCCUCUGCAGUCUCACGCCAAGGCACCUUACAUGGCUACAUUUCGUAUGCGCAAGGAUAUCGUCAAAGAUAACGAUGACGAUGAUGUGACGGGCCAAGACUCGGGAAGCCAAUCUGUGGAAAUGUGGAAGUCAGCCAUCUUCAAGGUUGGAGACGAUUGCCGACAGGAUCUGCUCGCGUUGCAAAUGAUCUCCGCAUUCAGGAGUAUUUUUAACAGUGUUGGUCUCGAUGCAUGGGUAUAUCCAUAUCGUGUCACGGCCACAGCACCAGGCUGCGGUGUCAUUGAUGUGCUUCCCAAUUCCAUCUCUCGUGACAUGCUUGGUCGCGAAGCUGUCAACGGAUUGCAUGACUACUUUUUGGCCAAGUAUGGAGGCGAAGAGUCACCGCGCUACCAAGAAGCGCGGAACAACUUUGUCAAGAGCCACGCCGCCUACAGUGUCAUUUCGUAUCUGCUGCAGUUCAAGGAUCGGCACAACGGUAACUUAAUGAUCAUGGACGCAGGCCAAAUCGCACACAUCGACUUCGGGUUCUGCUUCGAUAUUGCACCGGGUGGUAUCAAGUUUGAACGAGCUCCGUUCAAGCUGACGACGGAAAUGAUUGCAGUCCUGGGCGGUAACAAUCCCCCGAACCAAUCGUACAGAUGGUUCGAAGAGCUUUGUAUCAAAGCGUUCCUUGCGUGUCGUCCGCACGCCGAACAUCUGAUCCAUCUCGUCAUCUGUAUGCUGGACAGCGACCUCCCCUGCUUUAAGCCCGAAACUAUUAAGCAUCUUCGGGAGAGGUUUGUGCUGGAGAAGAGUGAGAUGGAGGCCGCAGGGUUCAUGAGGGACCUGAUUCGAAAGAGUGCCGGAAGUUACACAACGAAGCAGUACGACCACUUCCAGCUUCUAACGAACGGCAUCCCGUACUAGGAGGGGAUCACACGUCAACACAACAUAUGUCACCUGUAGGUUUCCAGGCUGCAGCCAAUGCUUAGCCAAACAUGCGUACGUAGCUGUUCUUAGGCAUCGUUAAUACAUUCCAAUCAAUCCAAUACCUACAUCUUGGUCCAGCUCUCACGCGAUGCCACC